GACUAGUCUCUUUUUCGACGUGGAACGGAUCAGUCGGUAAAAAAGAUAACGCGGCUGCGAAUAUACACACUUGUAUAUUUUAUUUUAAACUUUAAGGUUUAUUGGUAUUUAAAUUUGUCGCGGCAAAUCAGUUGCUUGUGUUAAAGGUUACUCUUCUUCAAUGUUUUAAACAAUAAUAAUAAGUUUCCAGUGAAAAAUAUUUAAAUAACAAAUUCUGUGAAUUUAAGAGAGCGUUAAAUGUUGCUCUCUUCUAACACAUUUAAGAAUUCGCACAUGUGUGUGUGUCCAGUCACUUCAUGGAUACAUUUGCACAAGGCUGUAUUGGGCAUUAAUGAAACAUUUUUAAAGGCAAAAAUGUGCAUACAUAUGUAUGUGUUUGUAUGUUAAACAAACGUACGGAUGAAUUUUGGCAGUGAAAAAUAAAAAUGAGAAUCUACAUACACAUACAAACAUGUGGGAAAUGCGAAUAGUUAUUGGAUCGUUCACCGCAUUUCUUUUGCUGUUAUUGCAAAACUCAAAUGCCGAAAUUCCCGGUUGCGACUUCUUCGACACCGUAGAUAUUUCAAAAGCGCCAAGAUUCUCGAACGGAUCGUACCUCUACGAAGGCUUGCUGAUCCCCGCCCAUUUGACAGCUGAAUAUGACUACAAGCUCCUGGCCGACGAUUCGAAGGAGAAGGUGGCGAGCCACGUACGAGGAUGUGCCUGCCACCUCAGGCCAUGCAUUCGGUUUUGUUGCCCCCAGUACCAAAAGAUGCAAAAGAGCAAGUGCUACGGCGACAUGUCGGAGGACGAGCUGAACAAGCACGAUCCCUUCGUGAACGUGACGCUCAGCGACGGGUCGGUGGUCAGGAGACACUUCAAGGAGGAUCUGAUCGUGCAGUCGGAUCUGGCCAAGCCCGGAUGUCCCCGGAUGUACUUUCUGAAUCACGAACUGCCGGGCAAUGAAUUCACUCUGUUUGAGAACGGCUCUCUUCUGCGUCACUGGGACAAAGUGGAACUGAGCAAGCGGGAGUACUGCGUCCAGCAUCUUUCAUUUAAGGAUGAUAGUAUCCGAAUUGCACCCCACUUCUGUCCACUUUCGUCUGAGCACUCCAGAACGUGGAAGACCGUUGCGAUAGUGAUAUCCUUGAUAUGCAUAAUCCUAACGAUCAGCGUGUACCUCUAUGUUGAGAAGCUUCGCAACCUGCACGGAAAGUGUUUCAUCUGCUACUUGGCCUCCUUGUUCCUGGGAUAUUUCUUCCUGGUCCUCAACGUGUGGAAAUACUCCUCCGGCUUCUGCGUUACAGCAGGGUUCCUGGGCUACUUCUCCGUCAUCGCCGCGUUCUUUUGGCUUUCUGUCAUCAGUCUUACCCUCUGGAAUUCAUUUAGCGGCAACUCCAGCUGGUUGAACCGUUUCUUGCCACAGAAUCGGUUCCUUUCUUACAAUUUAUACGCCUGGGGCAUGGCGCUGCUCCUGACUGCAAUCACCUAUAUAGCUGACCAGGUGGUUAAGAACGAGAAGUUGAGACCCCGCGUGGGCGUCGGCAAAAAUUGUUGGAUCUACACUGGGGAUAUGACUGUCAUGAUCUACUUCUAUGGCCCGAUGCUACUGAUAAUUGUUUUCAACAUAACAAUGUUUGUCCUGACGGCUUUUCGUAUAAUGAAAGUGAAGAAGGAAGCACAAAACUUUACUCAACAGCAAAAAACAACCAAUAGGCUCAAUUCGGACAAGCAGACUUACGCCCUAUUCCUGCGACUCUUUAUCAUCAUGGGCUUGUCCUGGAGCUUGGAAAUAAUCUCGUUUUUGUUGAGCAAAAAUCAGGCUUGGGCCAAGGCUUUUAUGGUGGCUGAUUACUUCAAUUGGUCACAGGGCACCGUCAUAUUUCUGCUAUUUGUUCUGAGGCCCAGCACACUGAAGCUACUGAAGGAACGGAUUAAGGGUGGGAGGGAUGAAGCCGGCGCCAGCGAUGAACAUAUCUCACUUCAGAAUACGAAAAUUGACCCCAGUGUUUUUUAAUAUAUGGACGUGCCAUCAAAGCGAGAUCAAAGCAACUACUACAUGGGGAUAUGUACGAAUCUUAUAGGCAUGAAUACUCGGCAUUUAUAUACCCUGGUCUAUUAUUAUGGAUGGAGGAUAAAAACUCAGGAAAAUACUUUUCGCAUCAGCACUUAUGUAUGCUCACUCGUGAUAAUAAUUUCGUAAUAAUUCGUACUGUUUUUACUGCCUCAACUUAAUUCAAAGAACUACAAAUGAUUAUAUUAUGACUUUUUAUGACAAUGACUAACUAAAAAUAAAAAUUUCUGAAUAUUUAUAAAC